AUGACGCCUGUGUUCCUCCUCCUCCUCUUCUUCUCCAUGACGGCCAUCCCUGCGUACGCAGCUGAUGACGAAAAUGCAUUGGACGAAACUCCAGCAGUCUCUGAUGUCCUGGAAAAAGUCAACGAAGGCUUAUCAAAUCUAGUCUUUGGUGACAUUAGGCUGAAUGUCCAGAGGAACGCAGAUCCCUGCACUGCCACCGGCUGCGCGUGGCCUAAGAGAGGAAGAUAUGUCCUGGUGCCAGUGGUCCUCUCCUCCCGUUACUCCAGUUCAGAGCGCAACCUCAUCAUCCGAGCCCUGCUGACCUUCCACAGCUCCACAUGCAUUCGCUUUGUGUGGAGACGCAAUUAUCACAGGCAGUACCUCCACUUCUACUCCGGAUCUGGGUGCUGGUCGUACAUAGGCCGUCAGAGUAGAGGACAGGCUGUGUCCCUGCAGAGAAACGGAUGUUUGUACACAGGCACGGUGCAGCACGAGGUCCUCCAUGCUCUGGGCUUCCACCACGAGCAGGUCCGCUCCGACAGGGACAGAUACGUUCAGAUUCUCACCGAGAACAUUCAACCAGGAAAGGAACACAACUUUGAUAUAGAGCAGACUAACAACUUGGGGACUCCCUACGACUUCAACUCUGUGAUGCAUUACAGCAAAUACGCCUUCAGCAAAAACAGAAAGCCAACCAUCGUCGCCAGGAGCAACCCCAACAUGGACUUUGGACGGGCCACAGCCAUGAGCAGGAAUGACGUCGCCCGCGUCAACGAACUUUACCGAUGCAGCGUCUGA